AUAUUCAUACACUCCGUGGAAGCAAGGCAACUGCAAAAGGCUACUUCGAAAUCUCAACUUUUCCUCUCACCUUUCUGUAGCCUACGGUCUUCUACUCACGCCUUCCAUGGCUACAAUACCAGUUAACCCGAAACCGUUCUUGAACAAUUUGACUGGAAAGACUGUUAUAGUGAAGCUCAAGUGGGGGAUGGAAUACAAAGGUUUUCUUUCAUCUGUUGAUUCAUACAUGAACUUGCAGCUUGGGAAUGCUGAAGAGUAUGUCGAUGGACAGUUCACUGGAAAUUUAGGCGAAAUUUUGAUCAGAUGCAAUAAUGUUCUCUAUCUUCGUGGGGUACCAGAAGAUGAAGAUAUAGAAGAUGCUGAUAAGGAUUAGACUGGGUCACGUAUGGUCUAAAAAGAAGCUUUGGACGUUACAUUAAGGGCUGCUGUAACUUUUGGUUAUAAUGGUUGAAGGUCAGUAUGUCAUUUGAUCUACUAAACAAACUGCUGCGUAGUUAACUGUGCUUUGUUAGACUGCUCGUGCCAACUUUAUUUGGAAUAUUGUAUCUUUAGGAUUCGUAGUAUAUGUAGUGUGGAGAGCAGAAAUGAAUUCUCUUAGGU